AUGAGUUUGAAGGCUCCACACACAAUCCUGGAGAUGGCAGUGAAAAGUCUCCUGAAGAAUAAGGACUUUGACAUUUCAGUACUGCAGCAGGUACCCAUGGAACUCUUCCCAUCCCUGUUCAAGGAGGCUUUCAACAGCAGAUGCAUGAAGAUACUGACCGCAUUGGUGGCCUCAUGGCCUUUUGCAUGCCUCCCUAUGGGAACAAUGAUGAAGGUUCCAGAUGUGGUGAUAUUACAAGUUGAACUUGCUGCUAUUGAAAUGCUGCUGACACAGAUGUUUCACCUCAGAAGGUCGAAGCUUCAAGUGCUGGACCUAAGGGAUGAGUCCAAUCGCUUCUGGGAUGUCUGGCAUGGACUAGAAGAUGAACUGCAUGAGCGACAAGCAUACUUGCUGCAGUGGGCCCAGCAGCAAAAAAGGUCUGUGAAGCUUUACUGUAUGAAGAUGACAAUCUGUGAAACCCCUGUGGAGCUUAUCAUGGCCAUCUUGAAAGUCUUCCCACCAGAAUCUGUGGAAGAACUUGAAUUAUCCAGAAACUGGAGUCUGGCAACACUGAGUAGUUUUGCACCUCCCUUAGAUCAGAUGAGAAAUUUGCACAAACUCCAUCUAAAGCGAAUUUUCAUGUACGUUGACAUAGGUACAAAUCCUUUGUCAGACAGAGAGGAGAAAUGUGAAUCUAGGUUCCUGUCUAAGAUCUUCAAAUUAAGCUGUCUCAAGCACCUCUCGAUGAAUGAUGUAUUCUUUUCUGGUGAGCUCCUGAAACACUUGUGCAGGGGGCGCGCCACAGCUGGUGCCAAAACCCGGGACCACAGCUGGUGCCAGAAACCCAGACACGGGACUGAGCAUCUAGCCGACACCUGUGAGGGGCCGAAGAGAAUUCAGAACUCUACACACAAAGCGGACGACGUCGGAUGCUGCGUGUUAGAAAACGGGAAAAGGUUACAAUUGCUCGAGCUUUGGCAGCUUUGGAAGCCGGCCAGUCCCCCCAAGCAUGGAUCAGUAUUUUUCAGGACCUCUAAUCCAGUGCCCUUGCACCUGGAGGCCUUGUUGCCAUUGCACCCAGAGGGACUGGAUGACCGGUUGGCCCCGGACUUUCUGCAUUGCAAGGCCAAUCUAAGCACGCUGACUGAGGAGUUCUACCCUGCCCCAUUGGAGUGCUAUGAUCAAGUGGGUCAUAUCCUUGAGGACAAAUUUACCAAUCUGUGUCCUGAUCUCCUGAAUAUACUCAGGUCCAAAAGACAUCCCAAGAAAGGCUUAUUUCUUACAAAAUUCUGCCAUAAAUGUGUCCGGUUCUGUGUCUAUGACCUGGGGACUUGUCAUAAAAAAGAUGUUAUUAGUGCUGGGAAAAGGUGGACAGGCAGCUCCGGUCUCUCCCAUACAUUCCUGCUUGCUGAUGCCAUUGAUGGAAUGGUUCACAUGGUCAGGGGAGGACAGGAAGGCCUUGAUCUUGGGCCGGGCACUGAGAUGUGCCAUAUAGGCAUUGAGCAGGGGGAAGUUGUUCAGGCAGCCAGGGGCCAGGACCUGGUGGAUCAGCAGCAGAUCUAG